AUGUCUCAACAAGUAAACAAAGCCAUAGAUAGCCUGAGAUUUCUUGGAGAUGUUGGCCAAACAGAUCUAAAUUUCCUUGAACAUAUUUUGCCGCAUUGCACCGUCGAGCAACUGAUGCGUAUAGAGAACUCUUCGAAAGGAAGAGACCUCACUCCAGUAACAAACAAAUUAUGGAAAACUUUCUACGAAAGAAAGUUUGGUAAAGAUGCUGUCAACGGUGUUCUUGAGAUGAUGAAGCAUAAGGAAUCGUUCAAAUGGAAGCAAAUGUACGAGCUGAAGAUAAAGGAAUUAGAAGAGAAGGCAGUAGAAAUUGAGAAACGAUAUAUACAAAACUGCCAAAACGAAAAAGCUCGAAAACAAAGUCGUCAAGUAAAGAUAUGUGAGAUAUCGCCAUCGAGUAAGGUUUUGAAGAAGUCAAAAGUACACACAAAAUUUUGUCAAGUUUCAUCUGCACACAAUGAUAAACGAAGCUACCUAGGAGGAACAAGCAAGAUACUGAAAAAAGCCAGAAAAGAAACGUUACAGAGUAUAGAGACGAAGAAUGUGAUAGCUUUUCGUAGAAAUACAGUUCAAAAGUAG